GGCAACUUGCAAUUUGCUGGAUUCUUCAUCUUCCUGGUUCUCCUGGCUUUAUGGCUCAUACUCACAUCCAUUGGUAGGAGAAAUCUCAUCAUUGACUUGAAUGAGGACAUGUAUGAGUUCUACAUCCAUCGUUACCUUCAGCGCAAGGGCACCCUGGAUGAAAUCUACAUUAGGCUCAAGAUCCAAAAAACCGGACAGGGAAAGUUUUACUAUAAAAUGAUCCUGAAUGGAACUUACAUUGAAGUACUAAGUCUGACUGGCAUCAAAUUCUCCAGCAAUCGAGAGAAGCUUGAAAAGUUAGGAAUGAGACUGGCCUCAAAAUUAAACUUGAACUACUUUGAUUGUGUGGAUGUGUCAAGCAAACAUGUCAUCAGACAUUGGCCUCAGUACAAAUCAGAAGAUACA